CACAUGCUUGAAUGCAUCAGUCUCGAUUGUUUCUAAAAUGGGUUUUAAAAUGAAGAAAUGAUUCUCGUAAAGAUUCUCCUAAUCAUUGAUUUGAUCAUCACCAUCAAGUGCUACAAUACGAAUACAGUGAAAGUAAUCGACAGAUUCGUAAAGAAUGGUUAUACGGACAUAGCCAAGCUGUAUUGUCCACGUAUUGGCGUGUGCUCUGAAGGGACUCAUGUUAUGUGCAUGUAUUACGAUGCUGAUAACCAGCACGGACCCAUGUGUCACGGUGUGCAAAAUAUCACUAUGAUGCCAGAAUUUUCAGAACGAAUAUUGGAAAUUAUAAAUGAGAUCAGAAGCCGGACAGCCAAAGGAGUUUUGCAUGAUAAGAAUGGAAAAAUACUGCCAAGAGGAUACGGAAUUUAUAGAGUGGAGUGGGAAGAUGAACUCGCAAUAUUUGCACAAGUUUGGGCGAAUCAAUGCAUCAUGGCGAAAGAUAGAUGCCAUGCGUCUAGACGCUUUCCCGAUCCUGGCCAAAUCGGUGGAGUCUACCGUUUCACGUACGACGACAGAUGGGAUGUUAUAUCCACUAAGAAAAUCAACAUCAAGUUCACUGAACCAGGCUUUACGCAUGGCAGAGUGCUGUAUGCAAUCUACUAUAUCCUUCGAACCCAAUUCUCGUCUAUGCUGAAAGUUAUCACACCAGAGAUCAUCGCAAAUAUAACAGAUCAGCACAUCAUCGAUAACAACGCCUACCUUCAACUAUUCUUCGGGAACAUCCGCUAUAUGGGCUGUGGAGUGUCAGCUUUCGCGGAAUACGUAUAUACACCGGAUAAGAAGUCUAUAUACAAUAGUGUAUUCUUGGUGUGCAAUUAUUCUCAACGUCUUCAUUUAUAUGAUCAGUUGUAUCUGACUGAGAAACCAACAGAGGAAGGCUAUAGUAAAGAAAGUGGAUGUCCACCAGAUUUUGCCGAGGAUUCCGAUUUGCUCUGCUAUGAAACUGUCUGCAAGCAGCAUUGCAAGUACGUCCCGGAUACAGUAGUGUUGCCAAUUUUCGACAUAGAGGACAGACCAUACAGAGACAAGCCGAAGUACAGGCACUACGGCAACAUUUCUAAAGAUGUGCUAGAUCUGGGUAUCAUAUCAAAAAGCCAUGGUGUGGCCAAGGAAGACCAUGUGAAUAUGGAAGGUCUUACAAAGGAUAAAGAUUUUAUUGAAACUAAAAUAGCGAACAGUGUCGAAGAAAAUCUUCCAGACAAUCUAGUACCCGUAAGAAGAAAUCAACCUUUAGGGUAUAAUAAAAAACGCAAGCAAAGAGUCCCACAGUACAGGAAUAUUAGCAUAAAAAAGUAUGAUAAUAAAAGAAGCAGGGAUAACGUGUUGAAAUUGGUUAGCAAGUUGCAAGAUGCAGUAGAAAAGAUUGGAACAGGAAAUAAAAGAAGACAAAUCAUAAGAGAUAAAGUAGCAAACAUUCAUAAAAAGCUAACCAGAGCUAAUGCACCGAAAAUUAUUAAUACAAAUAGACUUAACAACCAAAAUUAUAAAAAAUAUCAAAACCCUACUCCAAAUUCUCAAAGAAAUAUAUAUAAUUCCAAUACUGCACUUCAAAUAAGACCUGUCAAUAACAGAAAUUACAAUCACGACUAUCGAGAAUCUGCAUCUUCUGAUUACGCAAGUUUUAGUAAAAACAUAAGGAAUAAUAAUAAUAAUCCAUAUGCUAGACCUUAUGAUUAUAACAGAAAUUACAAUCAAAAUAUGCAACACUUUGUCCCACAAAAUGCAUUUCCAAAUAAUAGAGUUAUUAAUAGUGUUAAUGCAUAUAAUAAUCAAAAAGCUUUACAAAUCAGACCUUUUAAUAAUAAUGAUUACAAUCAGAAUAUGCAAAGAUAUGGGACUUCUCAUAACGCAGUUUUUGAAAAUAGAGUUAGGGAUGGACAUAAUUUUAAUAAUUACGAUAUUGCAUUACAACCUAGACCACUAAAUACAAGAAGUUGUCAUAAAAAUAAUGCAGCAGCUGUAAGAAAUACAUAUGAUAUAAGAAACCAACCUCUAAUUCAUCCUGACACUUAUAAUAUGAAUUCUGAAGUUGAAAGAAAUAAUUAUAAUGAUGAAAAUACGUAUGAUGUAAGUCAACCUAGAAGAUACUAUAAUGAGGAUGAUGAAAAAAGUCUUGAAGUUGAUAGAUUACUCAAUUAUAAUAAUAGAGAGCAAUACAGAAGUACUUUAUAAGAUUU